AUGAGGCUGAUAGAGGGAGGGGGUAAGGUAGAGAGGGUGAGGAUGAGAGGGAGAGAAAAUGAGCGAGGAGAAGGUGAGGCUGAGAAUGGGAAAGGGGUGAGGGAGUGAUGAGGUAUGAUAAUGAUAGGGGUGAGAGAGGGAGGAGGAAAUAGGUGUAGGGGUGUUGGCGAGCACCCUGCAGACCAGGGAAAUGGCAGAAUAGCACUUUAAUAGGCUAGAAAAGACUGGGGGCUGUUAACUCUAAAAUGGUAUUUUUAAACUCUGUCUCUCUCCCCCUCUCUGUCUCUAUCUGCACUGUGCUCUUCUUUCUCAUAUUCUCUCAUUCUCUCUCCUUUCUCAUUCUGUCUUCUCAUACUUUAACUCUCUCUCCCCUUUCUCCCUGUAAGUUCACAUACCCUCUUUUCUCAAUUUCUUCCUCUCUCCAUCAUCCUCCCUCUCUCCCUCCCUCUCUCCCUCCCUCAUUUUUCCUUGGAGGAGGUGUAAUGGUAGCUAUUUGAGUGUCAUCAGAGGAGCGCAGUUAUGGCUUCUAAUGGCUUCUAAAGAACCAUUCUACAGUUGCCACGGUGAAACUGGCACAGCCGCCAUCCCACAAUAACAUCUGGUUGGCCAUCGACAGCCGUUGCUGUGCCAACGGCAGUGAAACCGACGGAACAUCAACAGACGAUGACAUCGCCCCCCGGCCACAGAGAAGAGCUAAUGGCGCGUGGGAUAGGGUCCACAUGAGGAGGAAAUAUAAUGGUGAUGAUCAUAAUAAUAAUAGAAGAAUAUAGUAAAUAGAAGAAUACUUUUUAUUAAAUAAUAUUUAUUGUUAUUAAAGUGUGUGGGUGUGUGUGCUUGAGUAUGUGUGUGCAUGUGUGUGUGUGUGUGAGAGUGCUUGAGUUCGUAUGUGCAUGCUUCUACUCCUUGAUGAGGGCUCAGGUAUGCUAAUGUGAGGUUCUGAUUUCCAAUUCAUCUCUGUUAUUUCCUAGGUAAAGAGUAUUGUGUUCACCCUGCGUACUCACACACACACACACACACACACACACACACACACACACACACACACACACACACACACACACACACACACACACACACACACACACACACACACACACACACACACACACACACACACACACACACACACACACAACCACUCCAGAUUGCCUUACCAAGAGUAUCAAUUGACUUAGAAUCAGUCUGCAGCAGCAGAUGAAUGCUAGUUAGAAUCUAGUCUGGUGUAUUUCUCUCUGGGCUAUCAGAUGGAUGUCCACUUUUAUUGAAGUAAUUUUUUGUCCCAGGUUGAUUUCAUAUUCUAUAUAAUCUACCAUAAGUAGGGCCAUUCCUUAAGCUUCCAGUUGCCCCCUAUGGUGAAUAAAAAAUUACAAAACGUAUAUCUAAUUAUAUCUCAAGAGAUUGAUAACAACAGUUUUAUCUAAAUAGACCUAACUGAAGACCUGAAUUACAGUGUGAUAGAAAUGUAAAGGCAAUGUUCCCGCUUUCGAGGAGACUGCCUUCACUGUAAACACUGUAUAUGUCGCCUCAAUCAGAAAUUACCUUUACAUUUAAAUCGCGCUACAGCACUGAUCUUCAGCACUACAGAUUGAAUCAAGCCCUUCAUCUGUCUGUAACAUCCUCAAAAUGGAUUGUUGUCUUGUUCAAGCUGUCAGUGUGUGUAGGAAGAGCUCCCUCUGGUGGCGUUGUUGGGACCUGACCAGUGUUUUAUCUGCUGUACGAGGAGUCUCAGUGGGCCUUGAGUCUCAGUGACUGAUCACAGGGCUAAAUGGGUAGGCAUUCACCUGAUCUGUCCAAGACAAGGUUAUGGUUUGUGUUUGUAGCUCCCUCAUGUAGUAUGUGUUUAUGUGUGUGUGUCCGUACAUCAGUGCUUGCAUGUGUUUUACAUUUUGGGUAAAGGCCAGCGGUUCAAGUCUGGGUCGCAGAAAUAGUAAAUCUGUGGAGGAGUUGUUUACCAUGAACUCUUGGACUGUCCUCUCACCCAAGUUUGUGUGUGUGUGUCACUCCUAUGUGUGUGUGUGUGUGCGUGCAUUUGGUCAGUCACUAGCAGAUGGACUCUGUGUGUGCGUGUAUGUAUGUGUGUGUGUGUGUGUGUGUGUAUGUAUGUGUGUGUGUGUGUGUGUGUGUGUGUGUGUGCAACUGGUCAGGGGGAGGGGUAACUGGUAGUAGAUUAGCCAGGUUGGGUUCACUGGGAGAAGGAUUAGGAGGGUUAAGGAAUGGACACGUCUGUUAACUCUCCAAAUACGCUUUAACACACACACACACACACACACACACACACACACACACACACACACACACACACACACACACACACACACACACACACACACACACACACACACACACACACACACACACACACACACACACACACACACACACACACACACACACACACCCCUACUCAUCAACACCUCUUUGUUGGUACACCAGGGGAGAAAAGAUGAAGUGAUUAUUAGUGCUCUCACUAAAAUAGGAACAAGACAUUAUGUUGCUCUCUCUUUCCACUCACCCCCUUCUUUCUUUCUCUCUGUCAACUUUUCACCUUUCCACCCUCUCUCUGAAAUUCACAUUUAAUUUAAAUUCAUCCCUUCUCUCUCUUUCCCUCUCUUUGUCUCUCUCCUUCUCUCUAUCUCUCUCUUUCCUUCUCUCACACACGUGUUUCAUUAAAGAUGACCCACAGAGCUUGGAAUCAGAGAAGGUGUGUAACCGUACUCUGCCCAGGCAGGUAAGGAGAGCUGUACUCGGGCCACUGCCACAGAGACACAGGGUGGGCUCUCGUUACCCGACGCUCACUGUGUGUGUGUGUGUGUGUAUGUGUCUACACAUUGUUUCUGGUUAACUUGGCUUUGUCACUCCACCUCUCUCGUCGAGGCAAGGAGUAGAGAGCAGAAUGAAGAGCAAAGCCAGAUAAAGACAGGAUUACAUACACAGUCGCCACGUCAGAGAGAGAUAGAGAGAAAGGAGGAGAGAGAUACAAAGAAAGAGGGAAAGGCUUAAGAGUACUAAAGCGUGCGUUCCAUCGCUUUGCUGUAGCGUAAAGAUGAAGGGUUUAUGUUUGGGUGCUUAAGAGUUGGGGAAGGAAAAGGGUGUCACGCUGCUCUAGGGCUUCACUGAGAUCUCAGGGUGGAACCUUUUUAAUCCAAAGAUGUGCAUAUUUAAGGGACGUGCUGAUCAAACCUGCUCCUGGUCAAGAAGGAAACUGGAAUGUGAAUAAAGGCAGAGGUGUGAAAGAAGAGGAGAAGAAAAACGAACGGAAGACAGAGGUUGAGAGGCAGAACGUGACAGUGGUAAAAAGAGAGGGAGAGAGAUUAAGUGAAUGAAAAGGUAAGGACCAACUACAAUCCACACGCAAUCAAGGCUCCACAACAUAUACUCUCUGAUUACAACCUCAUUGAUGCCUGGCGAGCACAUAAUCCAAAAGCAUACACUUUCUAUUCAAACAGGCAUAAAACAUUCUUCCGAAUUGAUUUUAUAUUAUUAUCUACACCUCUACUUUCUCAAAAUUGAGAAAAUAGAAAUUUGACAUAUGAGCUUGUCUGGUCACCAUGCUUACUACUGCCAACUACACAUUUCAGAAUCUUCUAAAAGAGCUACAAGAUGGCGUUUCAACGUUUCAUUACUACACAAUCCUACAUUCUUUGAUACAUUAGAAAUGUAACUAAAUUAAUUCAUAAUGAUCAAUAACAAUUCAGUCGAUGACUUCUGUGGGAUGCCACCAAAGGUUUUAGUAAAAAUAAUGCAACUGCAUUUAGAUCUGGGUUGAAUAAAUCACAAGUAGAGAAGAUAUCAGAAUUAGAAAUGUUGUUAACUGCAUUAGAGCGUUCUCAAUAAACACUUUUUUCAGACCAGGUAGCUAAAACUCUUUCCAAAGUCAAGAUAUAACUUAAUUUAUUGAUAGGACAUAGAGAAGAAUUUGCCAUCCAUUGAGUUAGACUCAACCAUUAUUUCCAUGGUUAUCGUCCCAGUUGUUUACUGGUCAACAAGCUAAGCAGUAAUGGUCAAUUAGAUGACAUAGCAACUAUUGAAUCUGAAACAGUGGAAUUACUAUCAGAACCCAAAUUAAGGAUUCUCCCGCUUCUAUCAAGAACUGUACACCUCUGAUUGAUUGUAAAUCCACACCAAGCCAGACUAAGUCCUUCUAAAAUAAUUAAGAACUCUUCUCUCAACAGAGGAAGCCACCUCACUGGCGGCCCAAAUCUCUCUCAAUGAACUCAAACGGGCAUUGAGUAGCAUAAAUAAAAUCACCAGGAUUGGACGGUAUUCCUCCUGAGGUCUAUUUUAUAUUUGUGAAUCAAUUAGGUCCACUAAUGCUCAAAAUUAUUAACACAGCCAUUCACAAAGGUUCAUUUGGGAGCGAUGUGAAUGCAGCACUAAUAUAAAAAAAAGGUAAGGAUGCCACCCAGUGUUCUCACUAUCACCCUCUAUCUUUCAUAAACACAAAUAACACAGAUAUUAAACUGUUUCCUGAAUGUUGUCAUCCCGCCUUGACACGUACUAACCCAAAUUGGUCCACACGGACCAAAGCGGGAUUGUUAAAAAACGUGUAUCCUCGGAUAACCUCCUUUGACUAUUACAUAUCUUAAAUGCUUCAUCAGAAACAACAGCUCCUUGGGCUGUUUUAUCUCUCGAUGCAGAAAAAGCUUUUAAUAGACUAAAAUGGUCAUAUCUCUGGUCUGUCUUGGAACAUGGGAAUUGGCUCUAAUUUUAUUCAUAUGAUUAAAAUACUACAUGCGAAUCCCUCAACCACAGUUAUAACAGGCAAUAUCUGCUCGGCUCAGUGCAGAAUCACUAGAAGCAGCAGACAAGGUGAUCCGAUUUCUCCUUUGCUAUUUUUAUUAUCCAUGGAACCCCUGGCUCAGAAAAUUAGUCAAUCGAAGGAAAUAACACACAUUUUCCUCAAAUCUACUGAUCACUUCAUCUUAUUAUAUAUACAGAUGAUAUUUUACUAUAUCUAGACAAUGUAUUUCAAUUGCUCCGAAACUCAUUGAAGAUCAUAGAUCAAUUCAACUUAAUCUCAAAUUAUACAAUUAAUCUAACGAAAUCAGCCCUACUGCCUCUCAAGACCCCGAUGGAGGACUUCAUCUCUAUUUAUGGAAUCCCAAUUGUUUCCCAUUUUAAAUAUUUGGGAUUAGUUAUAUUUCCUUUCUUAGAUAAAACCGUUGACAAAGAAACUUUAACAGAACGCUCAAAUUGAUUCAACCUGACCUCAGUAGAUGGACUAACAUCCCAGUUGCUUUAACCAGGAGAAUAUCUAUUGUCAAAAUGAAUAUACUGCCAAGGCUGAAUUUCUGUAGUUCAAUGCUUCCCCUUCUGGCUAUUGGGAUAAAAUUCAUAGUGCGGUUUCAAAAUCUAUAUGACAAGGUAAGCGAUCCUGGAUAAAAUUACCACAUUUACAAAGAGGGAAAGACAUAGGAGGACUAUCCGUACCAAACCUUAAAUUAUAUUUCCAGGAGCUAGCAUUUCACCCCAUCCUAAAUUGGUUUAGACAUGAUUCUUCCGCCCCCUGGCUGAAUAUAGAGAUACAUAUUGUGUCUCCUAUUGCCCUGAAAGAGGUGGUCUUCACUGAUAUAUCCCUUAAAGUCCCAAUGCAUUUGUUUUUAUUAGUAGCGGUGCGUGGGUAAAAUAACUGUGGAAGCCAGAACAAAAUGGCAUAUUACAACAAAGGCUGAGACAAAAAGAUGACACAGUGGCAGAAUAAAUUCAACCACACAUUUGUUUCAUCACAAAACCGGAGAGCAACCUUUGUCCGGUGAAGUCCACAAAGCAUAUUGCACGUAACAAACAGUUACAUGACCUGCAGCAUGGUCAAGCAAGUUAAUGUUUCUUUUCGGACUACUAAACAACUAUUGAUUUAGAACCAUGGAGAGAUACCACAAGUCACAAAGAAAACAGGAGCUUCCUCCACUAUUCCAGCACUAUUUCAACUUCAAUAUUUCAACAUCAUCAAAUCACCUAUGCUUAGUGACAACUAAAAUAUACCAAAAACGAUUUAAUCCAAUCAACAUAAGCUAAAUAUGAUGUGGUUUUCCAUGGUUCUGAUUUCUGUGUAUGUGUGCUUGCAUUCGUGCUAGUAGAAAAAACAUGUUCACCCUACUUGUAGAGAAACGCCAAUGCCAUCCUCCUCUCUUUCAUGUUGAUGAAACGGUCUAUGACUCUGUCAUACAGUACACGCUUUUAGUUUUUGUUGUCUUAGGCUACCUGGCUAAAAUGCUUGCUCGCUAGCCUUCCAUUCAUGGGCAAAGAUGAGCCAGCUAGUUAACAUUACCCUACUACAUCAAGCUGAUCAUGUUGAACUUCCAUCCUCUCUGGCCAGGGGCACAAUGUAUGAAUUUAUGGUUGGAUCAGAAUCGUUGUUAUAAUCAUUGGCCAGUACGGAGAAUUAAGUAAAACCACAAUCCAAAUCCCUAUCUCCAUCCAUGGCUAAUUUAGGAAAGGGCCAAUUUUAGCUAGCUAGCUACAACAACACGAGAUGCAACAAUUGAAUUUUUUUCUGUCAAUUACGUUUUGCUCUCGAUGUGAUUGGUGUGAAGCCAAAUCCAAACUGGCUUCCCUUGACAUGUAUUUUUGGUGCACCAGGAUCAUUCACAGUUGAGCUCACUCAGUUUAGCUCAAUGCUGAAUAGCUAUUAUUUUAUACUUUUCUUAUCAAGGGAGGCCAAAUGCUCGCUGGCUUCCUUUGCAUUCAACGCUACAGGAGGCAACAAUGUCAUACUCUUUUUGACCAGAUAGCAUCAGAUAGAUGGGCUACACAUACAGAGACAGAGGGGCACUGUUUCACUCGCUCAGAUGCUUUCUCCGGUGAGAUACAUUCAGCCUCUUGCGAAUUGAAGGAAAAUUAUGAAACACAGAGAGACGAAAGAUAAAUUAUUUAAUCUUUAAAGAAAACAUUAUUGGACAAUUUUGGGGGGAAGCCUGGCUUUCCUUGGCAUCCAUGAAUACACACCACUGUUUUUUAUAUCAAUAUCAAAUCAUUUCUGGGUAACAAUGAAGUACCUUACUGUAAUAGAUUUCCAUUAAAAUGGGCAAAAAUAGCUUUUUCGCAAAAAAACUAUUUCUCAAGCAAGACUUGCUAGGACUGUCUGGGAGUGGUCUGAGUGGGGAGGGGGGAACUGUAAACUAGCUGUUAUUGGCAGAGAGGUUUGGAACUCUUUGUUAUUGGUCUAUUAACCUAUUUACCUCAUGGUGAUCUCACCAUGGAAAGCCGAAUCUCCCGGCAAAUUAUAAGUAUUUUCAACCAGCAACUAUCAAGAAAUUACACAAAUCAUUUUUUUUUUACACUUUUCAGUGUUAGUUUCAUCAGCUGUCGUAAAAUAUGAUAUAAAACACAGGAAAAACUUAAUUCUGACUGCACUGGACCUUUAAACAAUGUAAACUAUGCUUUGGUCCUAUUAUUGCUCACACAAUUACUAUUUGGCUCAAAAUUGAAAAUCAAUGUAACUGGGAAUGAAAAUGGUAUGCCCAUACUCCAAUAAUUCACAAUAAUGCCUAGAGAGGCCGUCCUUUUGCAUCCCCCCAAUGGUCCAAAUGUGGACUCCGUACCCUUACCGAUAUCAUGGACAGUAAUGGUUUGAGAAUAUUCCAGGAUUUGAAAGACACAUACACAUUACCAGGCAACUCCUUUUUUCUAUAUUUACAACUUAAGUCAGCUAUCCUGGGAAAACCCAACUACCGAACCAUCCAAUGAUGGGAUUUAUAAAUAAAUUAUCUGGGCUCCCCUGAAAGGACUGAUCUCUAUAAUAUAUAAACAACUUUUGGAAAGCUCAUAUUCUAAGCUAGUCAUUAAAAAAGUAUGGUGCACAGAUCUAAGUGAAUCUGAACAGCCCUUUAACUGGAAAAAUAUGGCCUUGGCAUCCUGUAAUCCAAACCAUCAACUUACACAUUUUAAGUUUGUUCACAGACUGUAUUUAAAACCAAGGAAACAUUUCAUUAUUUUUUGCUUUCAGGCCCACGGGGAAGAAGUGGUAUGGGGAGGGUUUUCUCUGGUCGCCAGGGGGAUAAUAAUUUGGGGGGUGCUUAUAUUUGUCCUGUUACUGUCAAGGCGUCAGUGUAAUGCGGUAGGCGAAAUCAGGCGCAGGACACAGAGCUAAUCAAAAGGCGUACUUUACUUGUAGGUAAAAGAAUGAACAAUAACCUCCACGCAGGGAGGGAACAAACCCGCACACUAACGACAACCAAAACAUGAACAAACACGCACAACACACAGUGUGAGACAGAGGGUUAAAUAGGGAAGACAUAACUAUAUAAUGGGAAACAGGUGUUUUGUAAGACAAAAUUAAGACAAAACAAGUCGAACAUAGAUACAUGGAUCGGUAGCAGCUAGUACUCCGGUGAUGACGAACGCCGAAGCCUGCCUGAGCAAGGAGGAGGGGCAGCCUCGGCUGAAUCCGUGACAGUACCCCCCCCCCCCCCUUGACGCGCGGCUUCAGCCGUGCUCCGACCCCGGCCUCGGGGACGGCCAGGAGGACGCGGAGCAGGGCAGGUCGGAUGACUCUGGUGGAAAUCCCUCAACAUGGAGGGAUCGAGGAUGUCCCUCCUAGGGACCCAGCACCGUUCCGGACCGUACCCCUCCCACUCCACGAGAUACUGCAGGCCCCCCACCCGACGCCUCGAAUCCAAGAUGGAACGGACCGAGUAUGCCGGAGCCCCCUCGAUGUCCAGUGGGGGCGGAGGAACCUCCCGUACCUCAGACUCCUGGAGUAGGCCAGCUACUACCGGCCUGAGACACAUGGGACGAGGGGUUAAUACGGUAAUUAAUAGGAAGUUGUAACCUAUAACAAACCUCGUUCAAUCUCCUCAGGACUUUAAAUGGCCCCACAAACCGCUGACCCAGCUUCCGGCAGGGCAGGCGAAGGGGCAGGUUUCGGGUCGAGAGCCAGACCCGGUCCCCCGGUGCAGUGGCGAUCGGCGCUCGCCUUUUGUCGCCUGAUUGCCCGCUGCAGGUGUACAUGAGCAGCGUUCCAGGUCUCUUCCGAGCGCCGAAACCACUCAUCCACCGCAGGAGCCUCGAUCUGGCUCUGAUGCCAAGGUGCCAGGACCGGCUGAUAACCUAACACACACUGGAAAGGCGUAAGGUUAGUAGAGGAGUGGCGGAGUGAGUUUUGGGCUAUCUCUGCCCAGUGGAUAUAACCUGACCACUCCCCCUGCUGGUCCUGACAAUAGGACCUCAGAAACCUACCCACAUCCUGGUUAACUCUCUCCACCUGCCCAUUACUCUCGGGGUGAAAACCUGAGGUAAGGCUAAUCGAGACCCCCAGACGUUCCAUGAAUGCCCUCCAGACCCUUGAGGUGAACUGGGGACCCCGAUCCGACACAGUAUCCUCAGGUACCCCGUAGUGCCGGAAGACGUGUGUAAACAGGGCCUCAGCAGUUUGUAGGGCUGUAGGGAGACCUGGCAAAGGAAUGAGACGGCAGGACUUCGAAAACCGAUCCACAACGACCAGGAUCGUGGUGUUCCCUUGUGAGGGGGGAUGGUCCGUCACAAAAUCCACCGAUAGGUGGGACCACGGCCGUUGUGGAACGGGUAGGGGUUGUAAUUUCCCUCUGGGCAGGUGUCUAGGUGCCUUACACUGGGCGCACACCGAGCAGGAGGAAACAUAAACUCUCACGUCCUUGGCUAAAGUGGGCCACCAGUACUUCCCACUAAAACAGUGCACUGUCCGACCGAUGCCAGGAUGACCAGAGGAGGGUGACGUGUGAGCCCAAUAGAUCAAUCGAUCACGAACCUCGAGCGGCACGUACAUCCGACCCUCUGGACACUGGGGGGGAGUGGGCUCGGUACGUAACGCCCGCUCGAUGUCCGCGUCAACCUCCCACACCACCGGUGCCACCAGACACGACACCGGGAGUAUGGGAGUGGGCUCAAUGGACCUCUCCUCUGUGUCAUACAGUCGGGACAGGGCGUCUGCCUUAGCGUUCUGGGAACCUGGUCUGUAAGUGAGAGUAAACACAAAACGAGUGAAGAACAUGGCCCACCUUGCCUGACGAGGAUUCAGCCUCCUCGCCGCCCGGAUGUACUCCAGAUUACGAUGGUCAGUCAAAAUGAGAAAAGGGUGUUUAGCCCCCUCAAGCCAAUGCCUCCACACUUUCAGAGCUUGAACCACAGCUAACAGCUCCUGGUCCCCCACAUCAUGAUUGCGCUCCGCCGGACUGAGCUUCUUAGAAAAGAAAGCACAGUGGCGGAGUUUUGGUGGCGUACCCGAGCGCUGAGACAGUACAGCUCCAAUCCCAGCCUCGGACGCAUCCACCUCAACCUGGAAUGCCAAGGAAGGAUCCGGAAGAGCCAGCACCAGAGCCAAAGUAAACAGGUCCUUCAGAUGCCCAAAAGCCCUGUCCGCCUCAGCUGACCACUGUAGACGCACCGGUCCUCCCUUUAGCAAGGAGGUAAUGGGAGCCGCUACCUGACCAAAGCCCCGGAUAAACCUCUGGUAGUAAUUGGCAAAACCCAAGAAUCGCUGCACCUCCUUCACCGUGGUUGGAGUCGGCCAAUUACGCACGGCCGAAAUGCGGUCAAUCUCCAUCUCCACACCUGACGCGGACAGGCGGUGUCCUAGGAAGGAGAUGGACUCUUGGAAGAACAGACAUUUCUCCGCCUUCACAUACAGGUCAUGCUCCAACAGUCUACCAAGCACCUGACGCACCAGGGACACAUGCUCGGCCCGUGUAGCGGCGUAUAGGAGAAUGUCAUCAAUAUACACCACUACACCCUGUCCAUGCAGGUCCCUGAAAAUCUCAUCAACAAAAGAUUGGAAGACUGAAGGAGCAUUCAUCAAACCGUAUGGCAUGACGAGGUACUCAUAGUGCCCCUAGGUGGUACUAAAUGCCGUCUUCCACUCAUCUCCCUCCCGGAUACGCACCAGGUUGUACGCGCUCCUGAGAUCCAAUUUCGUGACAAAGCGCGCCCCGUGCAAUGACUCCGUCAUACUCGCAAUCAGAGGUAAUGGAUAGCUGUAUUUUACAGUGAUCUGAUUUAGACCACGGUAGUCAAUGCACGGGCGUAAGCCACCAUCCUUCUUCUUCACAAAAAAGAAACUCGAUGACAUAGGGGAAGUGGACGGCCGAAUGUAUCCUUGUCUCAGAGAUUCAGUGACAUGUUUCCAUAGCCGCCGUCUCUUCCUGGUUUAUCGCACAAUCCCCCUGUCUAUCCCUGUUCUCUCCUCUCCGCACAGGCUAUACAAACGCCUCACACCGCGUGGCUGCUGUCUCUCUAACCUGGUGGUCCCUGCACGCACGACCCACGUGGAGUUCCAGGUCUCCGGCAGCCUCUGGAACUGCCGUUCUGCGGCCAACAAGGCAGAGUUCAUCUCAGCCUAUGCUACCCUCCAGUCCCUCGACUUCUUGGCGCUGACGGAAACAUGGAUUACCACUGAAAACACUGCUACUACUACUGCUCUCUCCUCGUCUGACCAUGUGUUCUCGCAUACCCGAGAGCAUCUGGUCAGCGGGGUGGUGGCACAGGAAUCCUCAUCUCUCCCAAGUGGACAUUCUCACUUUUUCCCCUGACCCAUCUGUCUAUCUCCUCAUUUGAAUUCCAUGCUGUCACAGUCACUAGCCCAUUCAAGCUUGACAUCCUUAUCAUUUAUCGCCCUCCAGGUUCCCUUGGAGAGCUCAUCAAUGAGCUUGACACCUUGAUAAGUUCCUUUCCUGAGGAUGGCUCACCCCUCACAGUUCUGGGUGACUUUAACCUCCCUGCGUCUACCUUUGACUCAUUUCUCUCUGCCUCCUUCUUUCCACUCCUCUCCUCUUUUGACCUCACCCUCUCACCGCCCCCCCCACUCACAAGGCAGGCAAUACGCUUGACCUCAUCUUUACUAGAUGCUGUUCUUCUACUAAUCUCACUGCAACUCCCCUCCAUGUCUCUGACCACUACUUUGUAUCCUUUUCUCUCUCGCUCUCCUCCAACACUACUCACUCUGCCUCUACUCAGAUGGUAAUGCGCCGUCGCAACCUUCGCUCUCUCUCUCCCGCUACUCUCUCCUCUUCCAUCCUAUCAUCUCUUCCCUCUGCUCAAUCCUUCUCCCUCCAAUCUCCUGAUUCUGCCUCCUCAACCCUCCUCUCCUCCCUUUCUGCAUCCUUUGACUCUCUAUGUCCCCUAUCCUCCCGGCCGGCUCGGUCCUCCCCUCCUGCUCCGUGGCUUGAUGACUCAUUGCGAGCUCACAGGGCUCCGGGCAGCCGAGCGGAAAUGGAGGAAAACUAGACUCCCUGCGGACCUGGCAUCUUUUCACUCCCUCCUCUCUACAUUUUCUUCCUCUGUUUCUGCUGCUAAAGCCACUUGCUACCACUCUAAAUUCCAAGCAUCUGCCUCUAACCCUAGGAAGCUCUUUGCCACCUUCUCCUCCCUGCUGAAUCCUCCUCCCCCUCCCCCCCUCCUCCCUCUCUGUGGAUGACUUCGUCAACCAUUUUGAAAAGAAGGUUGACGACAUCCGAUCCUCGUUUGUUAAGUAAAAUGACACUGCUGGUCCUGCUCACACUGCCCUACCCUAUGCUUUGACUUCUUUCUCCCCUCUCUCUCCAGAUGAAAUCUUGCGACUUGUGACGGCCGGCCGCCCAACAACCUGCCCGCUUGACCCUAUCCCCUCCUCUCUUCUCCAGACCAUUUCCAGUGACCUUCUCCCUUACCUCACCUCGCUCAUCAACUCAUCCUUGACCACUGGCUAUGUCCCUUCCGUCUUCAAGAGAGCGAGAGUUGCACCCCUUCUCAAAAAACCUACACUCGAUCCCUCCGAUGUCAACAACUACAGACCAGUAUCCCUUCUUUAUUUUCUCUCCAAAACUCUUGAGCGUGCCGUCUUUAGCCAACUCUCUUGCUAUCUCUCUCAGAAUGACCUUCUUGAUCCAAACCAGUCAGGUUUCAAGACUGGUCAUUCAACUGAUACUGCUCUUCUCUGUGUCACGGAGGCUCUCCGCACUGCUAAAGCUAACUCUCUCUCCUCUGCUCUUGUCCUUCUAGACCUGUCUGAUGCCUUUGAUACUGUGAACCAUCAGAUCCUCCUCUCCACCCUCUCCGAGUUGGGCAUCUCUUGCGCGGCUCACUCCUGGAUUGCGUCCUACCUGACAGGUCGCUCCUACCAAGUGGCGUGGCGAGAAUCUGUCUCCGCAUCACGUGCUCUCACCACUGGUGUCCCCCAGGGCUCAGUUCUAGGCCCUCUCCUAUUCUCGCUAUACACCAAGUCACUUGGCUCUGUCAUAUCCUCACAUGGCCUCUCCUGUCAUUGCUACGCAGACGACACACAACUAAUUUUCUCCUUUCCCCCUUCUGAUAACCAGGUGGCGAAUCAAAUCUCUGCAUGUCUGGCAGACAUAUCAGUGUGGAUGAUGGAUCACCACCUCAAGCUGAACCUCGGCAAGACGGAGCUGCUCUUCCUUCCGGGGAAGGACUGCCCGUUCCAUGAUCUCGCCAUCACAGUUGACAACUCCGUUGUGUCCUCCUCCCAGAGUGCAAAGAGCCUUGGCGUGACCCUGGACAACACCAUGUCAUUCUCCGCUAACAUCAAGGCGGUGACCUGAUCCUGUAGGUUCAUGCUCUACAACAUUCGGAGAGUACGACCCUGCCUUACACAGGAAGCGGCACAGGUGCUAAUCCAGGCACUUGUCAUCUCCCGUCUGGAUUACUGCAACUCGCUGUUGGCUGGGCUCCCUGCCUGUGCCAUUAAACCCCUACAACUCAUCCAGAAUGCCGCAGCCCGUCUGGUGUUCAACCUUCCCAAGUUCUCUCACGUCACCCCGCUGCUCCGCACACUCCACUGGCUUCCAGUUGAAACUCGCAUCUGCUACAAGACCAUCUGCUACAAGACCCCACCUCUUCAAGGAAUACCCCCCCCCCCCAAAAAAAUUAAAUAAUAAUAAUAAUAAUAAUAAUAUUGUAAAGUGGUUAUCCCACUGGCUAUAAGGUGAACGCACCAAUUUGUAAGUCGCUCUGGAUAAGAGCGUCUGCUAAAUGAUGUAAAUGUAAAUGUAAAUGUAAUUGAGUCAAAUCGGCAUAUUCAGGUGGAAUGUGCAUGGUGGGAACCUGGUUUGGACUUUCCACCGUAGUUGCCCCUACGGAAACACCUACACACCUCCCCAAGCACUGACUUGACCAUCCCUUGAGAGCCCUCUGUUGCCAUGAAAUAGUGGGGUCAUGAGAAGUUAACCAGGGAAGCCCCAACACCACUGGAAACGCAGGAAAAUCAAUCAGAUAUAGACUAAUUAUUUCCUCAUACCCCUCCUGCGUCUUCAUCCAGAGUGGCGCUGUGACCUCCCUAAUCAGACCUGACCCUAAAGGGCGACUAUCUAGGGCAUGUAUAGGGAAGGGCACAUCGACUGGCACAAUAGGAAUCCCUAACCUACGGGUAAACUGACGAUCAAUAAAGUUCCCAGCUGCACCUGAAUCUACUAGCGCCUUAUGCUGGGAAUGAGAAGAAAACUCUGGAAAUACAACAAUAAUACACGUAUGCGCAACAGGGAGCUCUGGGUGAGUUGGGUGCCUACUCACCUGAAACGGUUCACCAGUGCUCUGCCUACUGCCUCGACUCCUUGAAGGUCCUCCCCAGCACCGACCAGCAGUGUGUCCUCUGCGGCCACAGUUGAUGCAGGGGACGCCCCUAUACCAGUCUCCCUCAUAGCAGCACCUCCGAGCUCCAUAGGGGUAGGGUCGGAGGUGCUGGGGGAUGGAAUGGACGGCCCCUGAUCCGGACGUCCGCGGGUGGCCAACAGGUUAUCCAGUCGAAUUCACAUAUCCACCAGUUGGUCCAGGUUUAGGUUGGUGUCCCUGCAGGCCAAUUCACGACGAACAUCCUCCCUUAAGCUGUAACGGUAGUGGUCGAUGAGGGCCCUCUCAUUCCAUCCUGCGCUGGCAGCCAGAGUCCGAAAGUCCAGAGCAAAUUCCUGCGCGCUCCUCUUCCCCUGUCUGAGGUGGAAUAGACACUCACCCGCCGCUCUCCCCUCUGGUGGAUGAUCGAAUACCGCCCUAAAGCGGUGGGUAAACUCUGCAUAGCUUACAGUUGCGGCGUCUAUUCCCCCCCACUCGGCGUUGGCCCACUCCAGCGCUUUACCGGACAGACAGGAGAUGAGGGCGGACACGCUCUCGUAUCCCAAGGGAGCCGGGCGGAUGGUUGCCAGGUAGAGCUCUACCUGGAGCAGAAAACCCUGACACCCGGCAGCUGUACCGUCAUAAGCCCUCGGGAGCGAGAGCUGAAUCCCACUGGACCCAGAGGGUGAAGCGAUGGACAUCGGUGUAGAUGGUGGUGUAAUCGGAGGAGGUAUAGGGAUACCUCCUCUCUCAUCGCUCCAUAGUAUUCACUACUCGUUCCAUAGCGGUGCCGAGAGCCUGGAUCAUGGCCGCUUGUUGUUGGACGCGUUCCUCCAUCGAUCCGGCUGACAUAGCUGUACCUGCUGACUCCAUGUAUAUGGUGCGUGUUUCUGUCAAGGCUUUAGUGUAAUGCGGUAGGCGAAAUCAGGCGCAGGACACAGAGCUAAUCAAAAAGCGUACUUGAACGAACAAUACUUGAAUGAACAAUAACCUCCACGCAGGGAGGGAACAAACCCGCACACUAACGACAACCAAAACAUGAACAAACACGCACAACACACAGUGUGAGACAGAGGGUUAAAUAGGGAAGACAUAACUACAUAAUGGGAAACAGGUGUGACCAAUUAAGACAAAACAAGUCGAACAUAGAUCGGUAGCAGCUAGUACUCCGGUGACAAAGAACGCCGAAGCCUGCCCGAGCAAGGAGGAGGGGCAGCCUCGGCUGAAUCCGUGACAGUUACACACAAGUGUGGAAUGGAAAUGUGUUUCUUGCAUAUCCCAACUCCCCCUGAGACACAAGUGCCUUGCUCAAGGGCACAGCGACAGAUUUGUUCAUCUUGUCGGCUCCGGAAUUCAACCCAGCGACCUUACGUUUACUGGCCCAACGCUCUAUCCUCGAGGCUACCUGCCACCCCAUCAUUAUUACAAAAUCUUGUGUGAUCAAAAUGAUAAUCUCUGUAUGUAUUUCUUACUUUUGUUUUUAUUUUGAGUGUCAGCCUACGGGUACAUGUGGUAUAAACUGAGUGUGUGAAUUGAUAUGAAUAUUGUACCUGUAACCCCCUCAACAAUAAAAAUGACAAAGCAAAUAAAAACUUAGUAACUGGCUGACUGGCUGAUGGGCUGACUGACUGGCUGACUGGCUGCUGGGUGACUGGCUGACUGACUGAUUGACUGACUGACUGACUGGCUAACUGAUUGGCUGGCUGACAGACUGGUUGACUGACUGGUUGGGUGACUGGGUGACUGACUGGUCACUAAGGCCAUGGUUGGAGAUUGGUCAGGAGAUCAGUGGCUCAGUAAUCUCAUAGAAAGGAACUGGGAGAGAAAGAACAGGGAUUUAGAAAAAGAGAGAGACUGGCUGAGGGAAAGAGAGAGAGAGACUGGGAGAGGCAGACAGGCAAAUAAGCAGACACGAGUGAGAGGGAGAGAGAGAAACAGAGGGAGGGAAGCAUAGAGGAAGAGCGUUAGAGUGAGACAGAGCCAAAGGUAACGAUUGAGUGGGAGGAAGACUUUAAGAGAGGGAGAGAGAGAAGGGGAGAGGUAGUCUGAAAGAAGUUGUGAGAGGAAAGGGGAAGAGGGUGACAUCACUCGUUGGAUUGCAGUAUUGAGUCCUGCUGAUUACUAUAAUCCUGAUUAGGAAACCGAAGGAAAAAAAACCCAGGAGCCCUGAAUGACAGAAAGAGAGAAGAAGAGAAAGAGUCCCUCACUAACACCAGAGAGAGAGAGGAGACUGAGAAGGGAGGAGAGACAGAAUAAGAAGAGGAGUAAUUUGAAAGGAAACGUUUUAAUCUGGGAAUUAGGAGCAUAGGAAUCACAGAAACUACAGAAAAGGAACCACAUAACCACAGUAAGUAGAUUAUAAAUCUGUGUAAAAAAAAAGUCCCUGCAUUAUAGCUACCUUCCUCAUUGAUUUCUUCUCAUAUUUCAUUGCCUCUUUCUGCCCACCCUUUUUACCUCACCUCAUACUUGUCAUUCAUUCCCCCAUGCCCUCCCCUCCCCACUCUCCCCCUCCGCCACACAUUCUUCUUCCUCCCAUCCCUCCUCCUCUUCCUCCCCCUCUCCCCUCCCUCUCCCCCUCCCCAGGCCAGGAUGCCCACUAACGGUACAAACGGUCCGUUGAAGCUGCAGUUUGGUCUGAUCAACCACGAGAGUCGCUACCUCACCGCAGAGGCCUUUGGCUUCAAGGUGAGAUACCUCAUCUGACACAGAUUAGUGUGUGCUGGGAGUUGUGUUCCUGUCUAGACUGGUGCCAGUCUGGUUCUGCUUUAGCCAACUCCUUUGUCGUUUUCAUGCCAGAGUAGAGUAGAUGUCAAAGAAGUUUGGCUAAAGCAGGAAAGAGUUAGAAAGGGCAAAGACAGAGGAAGAGGGAAGGCGUAUUAGGUAGACAAGUGGAAACUGUCUAUUCCCAGUGCUCUUGACAGUGAUCUCUCCUCCAUCAGGUGAAUGCGUCGGCCCCCAGUCUGAAGAGGAAGCAGGUGUGGACGUUAGAGCAGGACUCCCAGGAUCCACAGGUGGUUUACCUCCGCAGCCAUCUGGGCCGCUACCUGGCCUCCGACAAGGAUGGCAAGGUCACCUGCGAGGCCGAGGGCCGGAACACAGACUGUCGCUUCCUAAUCGCUGCCCAAUCAGACGGCCGCUGGGCGCUGCAGUCGGAACCCUACCUGAGGUUAUUCGGAGGUUCUCGGGACUACCUGUCCUGCUUCGCCCAAGUGAUCACAGAGGCAGAGCUAUGGGCGGUACACCUGGCGCUCCACCCGCAGGCCAACCUCCUCAGUGUCGCCCGUAAGCGUUACGCCCACCUGUCACCCGACGAUGGCGAGAUCGCCGUGGACCGGAACAUUCCGUGGGGCGUGGCGGCGCUCCUGACGCUCGUCUACCUGGACGGGAAGUACCGGCUCAAGACCUGUGACAGCCGUUACCUAAGCAACGACGGAAAGCUGUCAGUGGAGAGUGGGCGGGGCACGGGGUACACGCUGGAGCUGAAGUGUGGGAAGCUGGCGUUUAAGGACUGUGAGGGGAAGUACCUGAGUCCGAUGGGCCCCACGGGGACACUGAGGUCUGGCAGGUGCAGCAAGCCGGGGAAGGACGAGCUGUUUGACCUGGAGGAGAGCCACCCUCAGGUGGUGCUGAUGGCAGCCAAUGGGAAAUACGUAUCUAUACGGCAAGGUAAGACAUACACAGUAUACACAGUAGAGAAAACACAGACGUCACACACGCAUAAAUAUACAGUAUACAUGUGUCACUUCUAAAACUACUCAACUACAACUACUGGCUGAUGGGCUGACUGACAGGCUGACUACUAUUACUACUACUACUACUACUACUACUACUACUACUACUACUACAACUACUACUACUACAACCUCAUAUUCUCGUACCACUUGAUACCUACUGUGGUAACUGAGCUUUCAGAUGUACAGAAAAUACAUUAGUGGCCAUAUUGAAUAUGCAUGGUGGUUCACUACUGCCAUGCGAUAGGGAUGAUUGACAGCCGAUAGAGACUGUUCCAUAAUUAUGGGUAAUGUAGUCUUCAGGUUCCUUAUCUUAUUACAUUGUCUGAGGUUGGGUGUUUCCUCAAAGACAAGAUGAACGCAGUUGAUAUGUUGUCGUAUGUGUGAGUGCGUGCGUUGAUCGAUUGUUCUGUUUCUAACAUAUUAUUAUUGUAUUGUUAAAGGGAAAUUAUAGUGUUGUAGUAUCAUUCCACUACCUCCUUACAGUAUCUUAACUUUAGAGUGCUUUGAAACCCACUCUGCAGCAUACUGCUCUUUUUGUAUUUUAUGCUCAGGCUCAGAAAACUUGUGACCAGGUCAGUGAGAAUGAGAUUUGCACAUUAUAAUGGCUGAUUAUUUCAGUGCAGCUUAUGUGUAGACUUCCUCUCUGGCAUACCCCGCAUGCAUAAUCACUGUGAAAAGCGUGUUACUGAUUAAUAGUGUCAGCAUUACUGUGUAAUAUGAUAAUGUAGUAACUUGUGCCUCUUUCCCAUUGCCCGAGCCACAAACAACUACAUUAUCAUAGACCCGGUAACUGAUUCCAGAAUCGACAGUGUUAUUAGAAUCUCAUCUCUUAGAAUUUAAUCUCGAGGGAAUCUAUUCCUAGAAUCUAGAGUGUUCUGUGUAUGGUCCGUGUGUUUGAUGAUGUGGUCUUUGGCCCAUGCCUCUUGCUCUGAGGUGAAUAUUCUUGUCUGAGGAGUAGUGUUACUCUAACCUGAGGGUUGUAACUGUAGCUGUGGUUCAUUGUUCCUGGUUAGCACUACGAUCUGCAAUAACCAAAUGACUGAGUGAGACAAGCAGAAAGAGAUUACCUCGAGGCCUGGGGAGUAUAGGAAACGUCAUGAGGGUAGGGAAGAUAGGGUGGUGACGCACCUCUCUACUAGUGCUGAAAGACACUCAUGCAGGAUACGCAAAACAUUUUUGCUCGCAGACAAACACAUAAAAACUUAGUUUUUCCACUCUCUCUCUCUCUCUCUCUCUCUCUCUCUCUCUCUCUCUCUCUCUCACACACACACACACACACACACACACACACACACACACAUACAACAAGUGCACAGACACACAUGCACUCACACACUUUCUCUCCCUCUCCAUCUUGUACCUACAAACAUACAUUACACACACUCUCUCUUUCACAAACACAAGCUUUGUCUCUCUCUUUCUCUCUCACUUACACACACUCCUGUAUUGGUGAGUGAUGAGGUGCAGAGUGUGUUAAAUAAUUGAUAGUGCCAGGGCGGUUGUUCAUUGAAGGCGGGGAGUCUGUUUUCAGAAACCCAAGCCCUGCUCUAACUGUAUGGGUCUCUGGCCAACAGCACACCAUGGGCAUAGCCCAUAGCAACUCACCCACCCACAAAUCAGAAAGACAACUGGGUCAGUCAGUCAGCCACAGACCCCAGCCCAGGGAUGGAGAUAAAGGUGGAGAGGAGGACCCAGGGAGAGAGCUGGGAAGAGAAUAGAGUAGGAGAGGGAAGGGAAGGCCAAGUGAGGAAAAAACUGUUCAUGGAGAAGAGAAAGGGAAAGACUGUAGGGAACAGCAAGGGAAGAGGGUGGGGAGAGAGGGCUAGUGAGGUGGACAGGAGGAGAAGGGUGGAAAGGAGGAAAGCGUAUAUAGGGAGAGUGAUGAGGAAAUAGGUAAAAGAGAAAGUGAACAGAGAGUGGUUGUGAAAGUGCAUGAGGAGGAGAAGGAGGAGGAGGAGGAGGAGGAGGAGGAGAGAGAGCAUAGAGCAUAGUCAGAUAUAGAAGAAGUCUCAAUGGACCUGAGGACAAAAGAUGUGUGAGACAGGUGUGCUGCACGCCUUCUCUAUGUGUUCGCACAUAAAUCAACAGCACUGCCAGUUUUCCCUGAAGAGCAGACGUGUCACCGUCAGAUUAGUUUACAAACACACAAAACGAGUGAAAACUAGGCUCAGAAACGGACUUUAUACUUCUUUCUCUCUUCAGUCCACUUCCUCUCUCUCUCUUCCUCCCUCUGUUUCUCUCUCCUGCCUUCCCUCCCUCUCUCUUUCUAUUAUAGCGCCCAUGUGGUGUGUGUGUGUGUGUACGUGUGUGCUUGCGUGUGUGCGUGCAUGUGUACUUGUGUGUGUGUGCAUGUGUGUGUACGUGUGUGCUUGCGUGUGUGCGUGCAUGUGUACUUGUGUGUGUGUGUGCAUGUGUGUGUACGUGUGUGCUUGCGUGUGUGCGUGCAUGUGUACUUGUGUGUGUGCGUGUGUGUCAGAUCUGUUAUCAUGUCUGUCGUCACCUCUCUCUGCUCCCUCGGGUACAUCGAUCUGGUCUGGCCAGAAAUUGAAAGAGAGACGAACACUCAAAUACACACACACACAUCAUCCCGCCACGGUCUGAUAGACAGAUAAAGGAUGCAGUGAAAUAAACAAAGAGAAAGAGGAAAAAAAAUGAGAAUAGCAAUGGAGGAGAGCAAGUGAGAGAGACACAAAGGGGAGAAAGAGAGGGAUAGAGAGAGGACGAGAGGGACAGUGGGCUGUGGCAUCAUUAAUAAUGGAUGGCAGAGCGACUCUCUGAUGGAUUAGUCGUGCCUGAUCCAGUUUUGGGUGGGCAAGCGGGUGGGCGGGCUUCCAGGUAGGUCAACACCAGGAAGUCUGCGGUCUGUUUUAAAGGGUUCCAAAAGGGUUCUUUGGCUGUCCCCAUAGGAGAACUCUUUUUGGUUCUACCUGGAACUAAAAGGGUUCUACCUGGAACCAAAAAUAGUUAUCAAAAGGGUUCUCCUAUGGGUACAGCCAAAUAACCCUUUUAGGUUCUAGAUAGCACCUUUUUUUCUGAGAGUGUAGACUAGCACACUCUACCCUAGGCCAGUAGUUUUCAAACCUCUCCUCGGGGACCCCCAGCCGUUCAAUGUAUUUGAACAAUUCCACAGCUAGCCCUUGAAUAAGUGAAUCAGGUCAGCUAGUUCAGGGUUACAACAAAAUUGAUAAACGUCUGGGGAUCCCAGAGGAGAGGUUUGAAAACCACUGCCCUAGGCUAUGUAGCAGUCAGUGUGCACCAUUUGGUAUGCUUGAUCAACUGUGGUGUCAGCAAUGCCUUUCAAGACAUCAGAUAGACGCAGUAUCAGAUAGUUAUAAAAUCUUCUAUUUGUACCCCGAGUUAUAAAACCUUCUAUUGAUACCCCGAGUUAUAAAACCUUCUAUUGAUACUCCAAGUUAUUAAACCUUCUAUUGAUAUCCCGAGUUAUAAAACCUUUCAUUGAUACCCAGAGUUAUAAAAUAUUCUAUUGAUACCCCAAGUUAUAAAACCUUCUAUUUAUACCCCGAGUUAUAAAACCUUCUAUUGAUACCCCGAGUUAUAAAACCUUCUAUUUAUACCCCGAGUUAUAAAACCUUCUAUUGAUAACCCGAGUUAUAAAAUCUUCUAUUGAUACCCUGAGUUAUAAAACCUUCUAUUGAUACCCCGAGUUAUAAAACCUUCUAUUUAUACCCCGAGUUAUAAAACCUUCUAUUUAUACCCCGAGUUAUAAAACCUUCUAUUGAUACCCCGAGUUAUAAAAUCUUCUAUUGAUACCCUGAGUUAUAACACCUUCUAUUGAUACCCUGAGUUAUAAAACCUUCUAUUGAUACACUGAGUUAUAAAACUUUCUAUUGAUACCCUGAGUUAUAAAACCUUCUAUUGAUACCCCAAGUUAUAAAACAUUCUAUUGAUACCCACGAGUUACAAAACCUUCUAUUGAUACCCCCUGAGUUAGAAAAACCUAUUAUUGAUACCCUGAGUUAUAAAACAUUCUAUUGAUACCCCCUGAGUUAUACAACCUUCUAUUGAUACCCCGAGUAUUAAAACCUUCUAUUGAUACCGAGUUAUACAAUCUUCUAUUGACACCCCAAGUUAUAAAACCUUCUAUUGAUACCCCGAGUUAUACAACUUUCUAUUGAUACCCCUGAUUCCUGUCUUCUUCUUCUCUCUCAUUCUCUCCUCCUCCUUUCUCUCCUCUUUCUCUCUCAAAUGGGCUGUAGUCUGAUCACAGCUGAGCUCAGUAGACUGUUAUGGUGAUGGUGUGGUGUGAAAUGGACACACACACACACAUGAAAUUGGACAAUAAAGCGUGACGCAGUGCUGAGAUGAGAGGGGAAUCUGAUCAAACAGAAACACAAGCCCUGGUGAUAAGAUAGAGAAUCGUUUUUUUUUUUUUACUAAUAGUUGCUUUAGAAAGCUGGGCUGAAUGUAACUAAGGAGGACCCCAGUGUAGGAGACUGGUUAGUAAAGUGAAGGGGCUGGCAGAAUCUGCCUCCCUGUGUGCGUGCAUGCCUGUGUCUGUAAUUAAUGUUAACGCUAUUAGUAUUGUGCAUAAUGGAAAGAGGUCUUUGACAGUAUAGUUGGUUAUGGGCCAUACACAUGUGAGUGUGCAAGGGCAUGCAUGUGUGAGUGUGUAAACUUGUGUGCCCAUGGAUUACAGACAGCCUGUAUUGACAGUUAUGAGUAUCAAUAAAACUUGGAUUGAUUUCGAACUGAACACACCAUAAACUGAAUUUGACUGACCUCACACCUCUGGCCCCUCCCAGGAGUGAGUAUCUCGGCCAAUCAGGAGGACGAGACGGACCUGGAGACGUUCCAGAUGGAGAUUGACAAGGAGAGCAGGAAGUGUCUGUUCCGGACCAACGAGGGGAAAUACUGGGCCCUGGUGGCCCACGGAGGCAUCCAGACUACGGCCACAGAGAGGUAACCCUAACUCUAAACCAGGGGUAUCAAACUCAUUCCAUGGAGGGCCUAGUGUCUGCAGGUUUUUGUUUUUUAUUUUCAAUUAAGACAACCAGGUGUGGAGAGUUCUUUACUAAUUAGUGACCUUAAUUCAUUAAUCAAGUACAAGGGAGGAGUGAAAACCCACAGACACUCGACCCUCCGUGGAAUGAGUUUGACACAUGCUCUAAACCUAAGACUAACCCCUACCACUAACCCUAGCUCCAGUCACAACCCUAACCAUUUAUUAUCCAGGUCUGCCAACACCAUGUUUGCAGUGGAGUGGAUUGGCCGCAGGGUGGCACUAAAAGCCAGUAACGGGAAAUACAUCUGCACAAAGAAGAACGGCCAGCUAGCAGCCAUCAGCGACUCCGUAGGUAAGUGUUUGUGUGUGUAUGUGUAAGUGGGUGAGUGGGUUCCAUGCUACUUAUGCUCUUUAAACCUAAUAUCCCUUCCUCUCUCCUUAAUUUCUACCUCUACCUCUCUUCCUCCUCCUUCCCUCUCUUCCCCCUCCCUCUCUUGUCUACCUCUCUCUCCUCCCUGAUCAGGUGAGGAUGAGAAGUUGGUUCUGAAACUGAUAAACCGCCCCAUGCUGAUCCUGCGAGGGGUAAACGGCUUCAUCUGCCAUCAUAAGAAUUCCAACACGCUGGAUGCCAACAGAUCAGUCUAUGAUAUUUUCACACUGCAGUUCAGUGAUGGGGCAUACCACAUCAAAGGUGAGGAUAUGAUAUGCACACUCUAGCUUAUUGAACAUAGAAUUCAAUGCAUUUUUCAUGAAGAAUUUAAAAGUUUCAUGCAACUGCUUGUAUUACUCUAUUGCUUUCUGCUUCAAUCUGGCUUGACGUGUAAAGGCCUUUCGUAUAGUGCUGCCAGUCCAUGUUGUCUCUCUCUAACUAACCCCCUGCCUGUCUCACUCUGUAGGUGUGGGAGGGAGGUUCUGGUAUGUCAACAGCAGUGGUCUGGUGUGUUCAGAUGGUGAGACACCAGAUGACUUCUCCUUCGAGUUCCUGGAGCACGGACGCAUCGCCAUCCGAGGCAAGAACGGCAGAUACCUGCGGGGCCAGGGGGGCAUGCUGA